AUCGGGGUGGGCGGGGCGGAGUCGGGUCGCUAGUUGUCCCGGGGUCCUCCCCACACGCCGCGGGGCCUGGCGGACUUAGCGGGGCGGCCUCGGGCCCGGCAGCGGCGGCGGAGCCUGGCGCCGAGCGGGGGGCCUUCUCAAGGCCCCGGGACGCGUCUGUGGGUUCCGGGGGGCAUCAACGGGGCGUCCCCGAGAGGACUGGGGAUGUCCACCGGGCCUGGACUGAGACUGGAGCCUGCCCUCCAUCACAUAGCUGGCCUGGGUCAUAUCUGUAGACACUGUUGAUCGUCUUUACGGGCUGACCCGAAGCUAGGGUCUGUUUAUAGGGUUCUGGGGCCAUCUUGAGAUCUUGAGAUAUGUCCCAGGGUGAAGGAGGUCUGCAAGAGCAGAGGAGUAUCUGCAGAGCCAUCUAUAGCGCCCGGGGUGACCAUGGAGGAAGAAGAUGAGUCUCGAGGGAAGACAGAGGAGUCGGGCGAGGAUCUGGGCGAUGGUCCGCCGGACAGAGACCCCACGCUUUCUCCUUCUGCCUUUAUCCUGCGGGCCAUUCAGCAGGCUGUGGGAAGUUCCCUGCAGGGGGAUCUGCCAAAUGAUAAAGAUGGCUCCCGGUGUCACGGCCUUCGAUGGAGGGGCUGCCGGAGCCCACGGUCAGAGCCCCGUUCCCAGGAGUCAGGGGGGACCGACACGGCUACUGUGUUGGACAUGGCCGCAGACAGCUUCCUCGCGGGGCUGGUGAGCGUUCUGGAUCCCCCAGAUACGUGGGUUCCCAGCCACUUGGACCUUCGGCCUGGCGAAAGCGAGGACAUGCUGGAGCUGGUGGCCGAGGUCCGAAUCGGGGACAGGGAUCCCAUCCCUCUGCCGGUGCCUAGCCUGCUGCCCCGUCUCAGGGCCUGGAGGACAGGCAAAACGGUGUCUCCGCAGUCUCACUCCUCACGACCCUCCUGUGCCCGUCACCUCCUUACCUUGGGCACUGGAGACGGGGGCCCUGCCCCACCCCCUGCCCCGUCCUCUGCGUCCUCCUCCCCCUCCCCUUCCCCCUCAUCCUCCUCCCCUUCACCUCCCCCGCCUCCACCUCCUCCAGCCCCCCCAGCCCCACCUGCCCCCCGAUUCGACAUCUAUGACCCCUUCCACCCCACCGACGAGGCCUAUUCCCCACCACCUGCUCCGGAGCAGAAGUACGACCCCUUCGAGCCCACUGGCUCCAACCCCAGUUCAUCGGCGGGGACUCCUUCACCAGAGGAGGAGGAGGAGGAAGAGGAGGAAGAGGAAGAAGAGGAGGAAGAAGAGGAAGAAGAGGAGGAGGAAGGCUUGUCCCAGAGCAUCAGCCGCAUCUCCGAGACCCUGGCGGGCAUCUACGAUGACAACAGUCUGAGCCAGGACUUCCCAGGUGAUGAGAGCCCCCGCCCGGACCCCCAGCCCCCACAACCGACUCCGGCCCCUGGAACGCCUCCACAGGUGGACUCCACCCGGGUCGACGGAGCCACCCGCCGGCGCGUCUUCGUGGUGGGGACGGAGGCGGAGGCCUGUCGGGAAGGCAAGGUCUCUGUGGAGGUGGUGACGGCCGGCGGAGCCGCCAUCCCGCCAACCCUGCUGCCACCGGGAGACUCCGAGAUCGAGGAGGGCGAGAUCGUCCAGCCGGAGGAGGAGCCCAGGGUGGCGGUCUCCCUCUUCCGGGCCGCUGGCCGGGCGGCGCGACCCCCUCCUGCAGCCUCAGCGCCCCCGGCGGCCCAGCCCCCGCCCCCGCCACCUGCCCCCCGCGCCCCCGAGGGGGACGACUUCCUGUCUCUGCACGCCGAGUCAGACGGCGAGGGCGCCCUGCAGGUGGACCUGGGGGAGCCGGCGCCCGCCCCGCCGGCCGCGGACACGCGCUGGGGCGGCCUGGACCUGCGCCGCAAGAUCCUGACCCAGCGUCGGGAGCGCUACCGCCAGCGCUCGCCCUCCCCGGCCGCCGCCGCCGCCGCCGCCCCCGCGGGCCCCCCCACCCGCAAGAAGUCGAGGCGGGAGCGCAAGCGGAGCGGCGGCGAGGCCAAGGAGGCCGCAUCGUCGUCGUCCAGCGCGCAGCCUGCCCCGCCGGCCCCGGCCUCCCCCUGGGACUCCAAGAAGCACCGCUCCCGGGACCGCAAGCCGGGCUCUCACGCCUCGUCGUCCGCCCGCCGCCGCUCGCGGUCCCGCUCCGCCCGCCGCCGCUCGCGCAGCACCGACCGCCGCCGCGGGGGCAGCCGCAGGUCGCGGUCCCGGGAGAAGCGGCGGCGGCGGCGGCGCUCGGCCUCCCCGCCCCCCGCCACAUCCUCGUCGUCGUCCUCGAGGCGCGAGCGGCACCGUGGCAAGCACCGAGACGGCGGCGGCGGCAAGAAGAAGAAGAAGCGGUCGCGGUCCCGGGGCGAGAAGCGGUCUGGGGACAGCGAGAAGGCCCCGGUGCCCACCCAGCCGCCCUCCGGCUCCAGCUCCCUGGGCGGAGAGCGUGACAGCCGCCGCAGGGGGGCGGUGCCACCUUCCAUCCAGGACCUCACGGACCACGAUCUCUUCGCCAUCAAGCGGACCAUCACCGUGGGCCGGCCGGACAAGUCCGACCCCCGAGGCCCGUCGCCGGCCCCGGCCUCGUCGCCCAAGCGCGAGGUCCUGUACGACUCCGAGGGACUGAGUGCCGAGGAGCGGGGGGGCAAGAGCGGCGAGAAGGACCGGCGCCGCUCCGGGGCCGCCUCCUCCUCCUCUUCCUCCCGGGAGAAGGGAUCACGGCGGAAGGCGCUGGAUGGGGGGGAUCGGGACCGGGACAGGGACAGAGAUAGGGACAGGGACAGGUCAUCCAAGAAGGCUCGGCCUCCCAAGGAGUCAGCGCCCUCCUCGGGGCCUCCGCCAAAGCCACCGGUCAGCAGCGGCUCCGGCUCGUCCUCCUCGUCGUGCUCCUCCUCCUCCCGGAAGGUGAAGCUGCAGUCUAAGGUGGCGGUGCUGAUCCGCGAAGGCGUCAGCAGCACCACGCCGGCCAAGGAGGCCGCAUCCGCUGGCCUGGGCUCCAUCGGAGUCAAGUUCAGCCGCGACCGGGAGAGCCGCUCCCCUUUCCUCAAGCCCGAUGAGCGGGCCCCUGCAGAGGUGGCCAAAGCAGCUCCGGGCAGCACCAAGCCCAAAAAGACCAAGGUCAAGGCCAAGGCUGGGGCCAAGAAAGCCAAGGGGACCAAGGGAAAGACCAAGCCAUCCAAGACCAGGAAAAAGAUCCGCAGCGGGGGCAGCGGUGGGGGCAGCGGCGGCCCUGCGACGCUGAAGAAGUCCAAGGCGGAUAGCUGCAGCCAGGCAGCGGGGGCCAAGGGGGUGGAGGAGACUUCCUGGUCCGGGGAAGAGCGGGCGGCCAAGGCCCCUAGCACCCCGCCCCCUAAGGCAGCCCCUCCCCCCCCUGCACUCACACCGGACUCCCAGACCGUGGACAGCAGCUGCAAGACCCCUGAGGUCUCCUUCCUUCCCGAGGAGGCCGCUGAGGAGGCUGGGGUCCGAGGAGGGGCGGAGGAGGAGGAGGAGGAAGAGGAGGAGGAGGAGGAAGAGGAGGAGGAGGAAGAGCAGCAGCCUGCCACCACCACGGCCACCAGCACCGCCGCAGCUGCCCCGAGCACUGCCCCUAGCGCGGGGUCCACAGCCGGUGACUCAGGGGCAGAGGAUGGGCCGGCUACCCGUGUCUCCCAGCUGCCCACGCUGCCCCCGCCCAUGCCCUGGAACCUGCCUGCUGGUGUGGACUGCACCACCAGCGGUGUCCUGGCCUUGACUGCACUUCUCUUCAAGAUGGAAGAAGCCAACCUGGCGAGCCGAGCAAAGGCCCAGGAGCUGAUCCAGGCCACCAACCAGAUCCUCAGCCACCGAAAGCCACCCUCCAGUCUGGGGGUGACCCCAGCUCCUGUGCCCACCUCUCUGGGUCUGCCCCCUGGCCCCUCCAGCUACCUGCUCCCUGGCAGCCUCCCCCUGGGGGGCUGCGGCUCUACCCCUCCCACCCCCACUGGGCUGGCUGCAGCAUCUGACAAGCGAGAGGGCAGCAGCAGCUCCGAGGGACGUGGGGACACAGACAAGUAUCUGAAGAAGCUGCACACGCAGGAGAGGGCAGUGGAGGAGGUGAAGCUGGCCAUCAAGCCGUACUAUCAGAAGAAGGACAUCACCAAGGAGGAGUACAAGGACAUCCUGAGGAAGGCUGUCCACAAGAUCUGCCACAGCAAAAGCGGGGAGAUCAACCCAGUGAAGGUGAGCAACUUGGUGCGGGCCUACGUCCAACGCUACCGCUACUUCCGCAAGCAUGGCCGCAAGCCGGGGGACCCCCCAGGGCCCCCGCGGCCGCCCAAGGAGCCUGGACCCCCUGACAAGGGUGGCCCAGGCCUGCCCUUGCCCCCUCUCUGAGACCCUCGGCCACCCCUUCCCUCCUUCGCCUCUUUGGAAUUCUGGACGUAUUUAUGGCUCCACCUCCCCACUUCCCUCCCCCGCCCCGUCAGUGGGAUGAUUGGGGGAGGGUUGCUGCAGGGAAGAGGAGAGCCCCCUGCCCUGCCCAGCCCUGUGCCCCUUGCCCCCAAGCCUGUCCCCAUCGCCUCUCCCUUCUGUUUGUGCCCCUCCCCCAGUUUCAUUAAAGAUUUCAUGAAAUGUUAGCCCCGAGCCCCAUGAUUUCAGCCCUUUCUUUUCAGAGACCAGUUUGGGAAAGGGUUGGGAAGAGACCUGCCCAGGUCUGACCCAGGUCUGAGGGUGGUUAGCAGGGUGUGACUCGGGGGAAGUGCUUUUCCCUCUCUGGGCCUCAGUUUCCUGAUCCUUGAAGUGGUUGUUACAAGGACGAAGACCCAGGCAAGUGACGUACUUAGAACCGCCGUAUCAGCUACACAGCAAGUGGUUGCUGUUGACAGAAAAUGGUGGCGGGUGGGAGGUUGGGGUCCCAGGUCCCACCUGCUCAGUGUCUUCCAGGCUGAGGGCACCUGGUGCUAUUUGCCCUGGAAUUGCCUCAGCAACAGGACUUUUGUCCCCCAUUUAGUUGGAUUCCCUUUUUACCAGUCCUUCGAGGCUGGGGUGAUAUUACCCAUUCUCCUGAGGUAGAGGGAAACUGAGGCACAGAGCGGCAAGGGCCACACAGUGAGUCCGGGCCACACUGGCCUUCGUCAGUCCACAUUACCCAGAACCCAGACGUGGUGAGGAG